CGGGACACAAAUUCGUGGAUCAGAAAGCUUCAACUUACCGCUUGGAAAAGUAGAACACCUGCUAUAACAAAUCCAUCGAUCUUGUUUUUGAAUCAUCAAACUUUGAUCUCCAUCUCACCCAACCAAGACCGCUGCAAAAGUCUGACUUAGUGGAAAUGUCGGCGAAUGAGGUGAAAGUCCUGGCUUCUGGCCACAAAAUGCCCUUGGUGGGAUUUGGCUUGUGGAAAGUACCCGCUAAUCAGACUGCUGAUAUAGUGUACAAUGCCAUCAAAACAGGGUAUCGACUAUUCGACGGCGCGUAUGACUAUCAGAACGAAGCCGAAGCUGGCGAGGGUAUCCGCAGAGCUAUCAGUGAGGGCAUAGUGAAACGCGAGGACAUAUUCGUUACAACAAAACUCUGGAACAACUAUCACAAACGCGAGCAUGCACUUGCAGCGGCUCAGUCGCAGAACAAAGCCUGGGGGCUCGGUUACAUAGAUCUCUACCUCAUCCACUUCCCAGUGCCACUGAAAUACGUGGACCCCGAAAAGAUCAAAUACCCAGCCUGGUGGACCGACGUUGACCACAAGGAGAUCGAGCUGGCAAAGGUUCCUAUGCACGAGACGUGGCAGGCACUUGAAGAGAUUGUCGAUUCAGGAAUUGCCAGAUCGAUAGGCGUCUCAAACUGCUCAGCGCAAACUUUGUACGACAUACAGACUUAUGCCCGCCAUCCGAUAUCCGUCCUGCAGAUUGAGCAUCAUCCGUACCUUGUUCAGCCCGAACUCAUUGCGUUGGGAGGAGACCUGAACAUUGCGAUCACGGCGUACUCAAGCUUUGGACCACAGUCCUUUCUGGAACUACCGGAAGCUUUCAGGGCGCGUGCAAAAGAUAUUCCACUUCUGUUUGAUGCAGAGGUAGUCAAGAAAGCGGCUGAAAGGACUGGCAGAACUCCAGCACAGGUUCUACUUCGUUGGGCUACGCAACGCGGUAUAGCCGUCAUUCCAAAAUCAAACAAUCAAAGCCGAUUGAAGCAAAAUUUGGAAGUGACAGACUUUGAUUUGACCAAGGAGGAGAUUGACUCUAUCAGUGCUCUGGAUAAGGGCUUGAGAUUCAAUGAUCCAGGUUUCUAUCUGCACAAGCCACUGAGAAUCUUCGCUUAAGCUGUGUAUACGAGUUAAAGGAGAGAAAUCUUGAAAAACUCAGUAUAAAAUUUUAUUCAUUGCUCAUUGAAUUUGCUUACAAUUGAUUCACGUUACUGGCGAAUAUCAGAG